ACCAAUCCCUUAAUAAUAGAUUGUUGGAAAUUGAUUAAGAUUUUUUUUUUUUCAAAUUUUAAUUUUAAUCCCGUUCCUAUGCAUCAAACACGGGAUAAUUACAAUUUAGAGUAAAAGAAAAAUAGCUAAAAAUAGAAUUGAGAAGAUAUCAUGAAAUGUGUUACAGUGCCUAACAAGAGUGGAUAUGGCUGCUGCUGCUGGGAGUAUUAGAGGUUUUUACCCUCCUACACCUGCCCCUAGUCUUAUGGUUGUUGGGAAUUCCAAAUUGACAUGCAAAUGCAAAUCUACUGAAACAUCCUCAGUCAGAUCUCCACUUUUCAAAACUAUUUCUGAUAUUCACAACACUGCUGUCAUUGCUUGCCUUCGAGCUCCCAGUGCAGAGCAAGCACUUGGAGCAGCUAGAGCAGCACUACAUGGUGGCAUCAAAGCUUUGGAGAUUGUGAUGUCCACUCCAGAUGUAUUUGAGGUCUUGCACCAGCUUGUGUUGGAGUAUCCGACUAUGACUUUAGGGGUGGGAACUGUUCUGAAUGCUGAAGAUGCUAAAGUUGCAAUGAAGGUUGGUGCCAAGUUCCUUAUGAGUCCUGCAAUGAUCAAGAAUGUACUUGCUGAUGCCCAUGACCAUGAAGUUUUGUACAUGCCUGGUGCCAUGACUCCAACAGAAAUAUUAUCUGCUUACAAUGCUGGUGCAAGGAUUGUCAAGGUGUAUCCCAUUUCUGCACUAGGCGGCCUCGAGUAUAUGUCAGCCAUUAAGAAGCCUUUUCACCACAUUCCAAUGGUUGCUUCUCAAGGAAUUAAAUUGAAUCUGAUAACUGAAUUCAUCACUCGAGGAGCAUCAGCAGUAGUGCUGUCAGAUGCCAUUUUUCAGAAAGAAGCAAUUGAUCGGGGAGACUUCGACGCUAUAUAUAAACGAGCACAACUGGCAGCUUCAACUGGGGUUGAAGCCGUAAAACAUCUUAAACUGGCUAAACAAAGGCAGCAUUUGUGAUAGAAACAUAACAUGAUGAUCAUCAGAGUGAUACAAUGUUGGCUCCUCGUCUCUUUUUGGACAAGUAAUUCAGUCUUAGAUGGAACAUCAAGCACAGAACAUCAGGAUUCAGGAGAUGGCUUAAAAGCAUCUCUAAGCCCUUGGAAACCAUUCGUUGUUCUUGGCGUGUGUAGCGGAACAUACUCUUCCAUGAUUUGUUUAUAUGUAUAGGCUGAUAAGCAAUGGAAGUGAAAUGUGAUGAUCGAGCUGCAGCCAGUGGCAACUUGGUAAAAGGAAUACUACCAUGAAUGAGGAUGCAAAGGAGUUCAACAUUGAACCAAAUGUUUAUUUUUGUUUUUGUUUACGAGAAACUUUGAGAGGUAUUGUGAUUGUUCAAACUAGUUAUUUUUCUGUUCUGUUAAUAACAGUGAACAAAAUUUCUAUAAAAACAGACCAAAUUGCCUA